UUUUUUUUUUUUUUUUUUUUUUGUCCUCUCGUUUAAACUCGUGACUUUUUUCCACCAUUUUUUAAAAGAAAUUCACAGGAAGGGACAGACAGCGGAGUCUGCAGACGCACAGCUCUCUGCGCUCCGACAGCAGCGCAUGAGAAAAUAAAGACAAAAAGAGAGAGAGAGAGAGGAGGGGGGUGAAAGUGCGCAAGUUAAGUGGCUCACACUCUCCGGGGCUCCAGCAUGGCGUAUCCUCAGGGCUACUUGUACCAGCCGUCCGCCUCUUUGGCCCUGUACUCGUGCCCCGCGUACAGCACGAGCGUCAUAUCGGGACCCAGGACGGAGGAACUCGGGAGAUCCUCUUCGGGAUCYGCUUUUGCGCCCUACGCCGGAUCUACCGCGUUCACCAGCGCCUCGCCGGGCUACAACUCCCACCUACCGUACAGCGCGGACGCGGCGGCAGCUGCCACCUUCACCUCAUACGUGAGCUCGCCCUAUGAUCACACCACGGGGAUGGCCGGCUCUAUUGGAUACCACCCUUACGCAGCACCCUUGGGCACCUACCCCUACGGUGACCCCGCGUACCGUAAAAACGCGACGCGGGACGCGACGGCCACCCUGAAGGCCUGGCUCAACGAGCACCGCAAGAACCCCUACCCGACGAAGGGCGAGAAGAUCAUGCUGGCCAUCAUCACCAAGAUGACCCUGACGCAGGUGUCCACCUGGUUCGCCAACGCCAGGAGGAGGCUAAAGAAGGAGAACAAGAUGACCUGGACCCCUCGGAACCGGAGCGAGGACGAGGAGGAGGACGAGAACAUCGACUUGGAGAAAAACGACGACGACGAGCCAAACAAGCCUUUGGAUAAAGGAGACUCCACAGACACAGAAGCAGAUCACAAACUACUGAACCCAGGGGACAUGAGCUGUGACAGAUUUAAAGAAGAGAACCGUGGCAAAGAAAUGGACCCCCUCCUGAGCGACUCGGAGUUAAAGGACCACGAGGAGCGGACUACGGAGCUGCUGCCGGACACCGCAAAACCGACCACCUCGUCUCCCCCGGCGGGGUCCCGGGGGAACCAGGCCGCCGCGCAGCAAGACAAGCCGUCCGAUUUGAGCCACGCACCGACCGCAGUGUCCAGCAACGUGACCUCCGUGAUCCACUCGCCCCCCUCGGCUCCCAAACCCAAACUCUGGUCCCUGGCGGAGAUCGCCACGUCCUCAGACAGGUGCAAGGGAAGCGGCGGCGACGCGUCGCAGGCUUGUCCCGGUUUGGGUCAGAGCGCUGUCCUGGGCAGCACCGCGUCUCCGUCCCGCUCCUCCCCGCAGUGCCCGCUCCCCAGCAGCACAGUCCUGUCCAGGCCUCUGUACUACACGGCCCCUUUCUAUCCCGGCUACACGAACUACGGUGGCACUUUUGGACACCUCCACAGUAACCACGGCUCGGUCACCACGGGCUCAACGGCACAUUUCAAUGGAUUAAACCAGACUGUGUUAAAUAGAGCAGAGGCUCUGGUAAGAGAGAGCCAGAAAGUCAGAGGCCAAACGCAGGUAGAUCUUUGUAAAGACUCCCCUUAUGAACUAAAGAAAGGUAUGUCAAAUAUUUAAUACCUGAAUAUUUUCCACUCACCGCGGACGUUUAUUUAUUUUAUUAUUAUUAUUAUUUUUAUUAUUUUCUGUGUGGUUGCAUUUGGAAAAAAAAAGACAGAGAAAAAAUUAUAAGAGCAAUGUUGAAGCAAAUUCUGAGAACAAUUAUUUUCUGAGUAAAUGCUUAUCCUCAUUAUAAUUUGUUUUAAGUUUCUGAAUGGUUAAAUGCUAAACUGUAACAAGAAAUGGUCUUAAUCGCUGCAGCCGCCUAUUUGUAUUAAAGACUAACAUGUAUAUUUAAUGUAGCUUUUUUUUGUAUUUAAAAUGAACAGCACAUUAUCUUUGAAGUAAAUUAUGGAGAGAGAAAAAAAAAAACGAAGUUGUUGCAGCCAUUAUUUUCGGAUGAACAGCUGGUUUUGCUUGAUGUGUCGACAGUGCUUUAAAGCCAGUUAAUCUAUGCGAAAUUUGAAUUCCGUUUUGCACAAUGACAGAUGGGCCAAAGGUAAUUAUUUCCAAAUUUCAAGGCAGAGGGAGCGGAGAGGGCCUGCGUUCUGCUUGAAGGAUGUUGCAAUACAGYCAAACAAUAAAACGGGUUCAGUUGAUUUGAAUGCUGCACAUGUAAGAGUGAAUGAUUAAAAAUGAUACAUAUUUUA